AUGCUGGAGGCUGAGGAAGAUGCGGAGGCUAAAGAAGAUGCUGAGCUUGAAGAAGAUGCGGCGGCUAUGGUGAUCUACAAAUUAGUGGGACUCACAGGCGUCAUUGAAGAUUUGCUCCUGCCUUUCUUGCAGAGAAUUCACACUGGUGAUAAGCCGUUCACGUGCGAUCAGUGCGGGCGAGCAUUCCGCCAGCCAGGCAAUCUGACACGCCACCGCCUUACUCACACGACGAUCAAGCCGUACGUGUGCCCGCAAUGUAGCAAGGCCUUCAAUCGCGCCUCGAACCUACACACGCACAUGCGCACGCACACAAACUACCGGCCGUUUCUCUGUCAGUACUGUGGCAAGGGAUUCCAUCAGAAGAUCGACAUGAAAAUACACUCGUACACGCACACAGGUGAAAAGCCGCACAAAUGCAAGAAGUGCGGACGCGGUUUCAAGCAGCUGACACACCUGACGUACCACAUGCGCACGCACAGCGAUGUCAAGCAGUACACGUGUGAGUACUGCGGCAAGGGAUUCAAUCAGAAGGGCAACAUGCAAGCGCAUAUUUACAGCCACACGGGAGAGAGACCGUACAAGUGUGAGACGUGCGGGAAAGGGUUUACGUUGGCAAGCACGCUGAACACGCACCGGCGCACGCACGCCGACGUGAAACCGUUCUCCUGCCAGCACUGCAGCAAGGAAUUCUAUCACAAGAACGCCCUGAAGAGCCACCUACUGGCGAGCCACCCUUACACGGGAACUAACAUUCUCUGAAUCGGGGGCGUGCGAGUAUGCCGGAGACUGAGGAAGAGCACGCGGACAGCUACGGUUGGCCGUGAAGCCUGUAGGCGGAGAUAGCGCCUCGUUCAUCCUCCGUGAUGCAAUCAUGUAGCAACGCCUCCUCAUGAAUCGCGCGCAUGCGCAUUGCAAGUGGGAAAGCGCGCGUCGGAGACCUCACGUUGUAAUUUAUUAGUAGACACAUUAUUACUGCUUCCCCCCCUCCCCCCGGUCACGAGUGAUUCUGAUGAUGAUCGUUUUCAUUAUGUAAAUUCGUUUUUUUUAAAAAUGUAAAUUCGACUGCUUAUUAAUGCUAGAGUAGGCAGCAGCCUGUUUCUUUAUGAUUCGUUGGGCGUUAGGUUUGCCUCUUAUCGUGUGGUGGUCGCAGCGGAGACGAUCCGGGUUCUAUCUAUUGGGAAGGGUAAGGCGGAAGUGCGACCUUCUUUCUCAAGAUACCCUGCAUCACUCCUCACUCUAAGUUUUCUAUAAGAGUUGAAUGUGGACAGUAUGAACGCACGCACGUACGCACGAACGCACGC